AUGAUGACAGCGGGUAGAAGUAAUGAAGUGGAAACUUCAACAGGCAAAUGGUUGGUUCAAAAAAGAAAAUCAUCGAAAUCUAUCGAUGAAUCAACAGCUACAGCUUCAAAAGAAAAAGAAAAAAAAGAAAUCUAUGUAAAAAAGAGAAUCGGUGAUAGAAAAUAUGUUAAAGGAGUGACAAAGAUUAAAGAAGCAAAAACGAAAAGGAAUAGUGGGGACAAUCGUGCAGCAAUAAAGAAGCAAAAAACCGUCAAAGAGCAAAAGACUGUGAAAGAUAUAUUGAAGGAGUUGCCUUCAAUAAACACUAGAUCGGCACCUGGAUUGAUGACAGAUGCUGUAAGUUCUUUGACAUCAGAACAAAAAGAUUGGGUGAAACGGAUGGGAUUUAAAUCAUUUUUGAAGAUCAACAUUAAGAGUAUUCCCUUAAAACUUUGCCAUUUUGUGCUUGAGCAUUAUGAUGAAGGCACAAACAGUAUUCUGAUUAAAGGAAAAAGAAUAAAGAUCACAAAGGAAAAAAUUCAUAAAGUGUUUGGUUUACCCAAAACUGAAAAAAGCUUAUUUGACUUGGACAUGGUUAGCGAAGAUCAUCAAGUGUUUGAUGGAUGGAUGAAGGAACUUAAAGGUGGAAAGGCAAAUGCAACAAACUACAAGAAGAUUAUUCAAAAAUCCGAACAAGUGGAUAUGAAUUUCAAGCUGGGUUUCAUAGCUUUAUUUGUUAAUAUGUUUGCAGAAUCCAUUCCUAUGGGGACAAACAACUUACUUCUAGUUAGAGCACUUGUUGAACUAAUUUACUGUGAUGAAAUUGAAUGCAAGCUCCAAAAAAUAGAACGUAGAACACCAUUAGUUACGAUGUGGACAGCAGAUAAGUUGAAGGAAAGACAAUCUUUUGAGAUUGAAGCUGGUGGAUUUGGGGUUGGAAAUCUAAUUGAACAAAGUUCAAAUUUAGAACGUGACAAGAAUGAGAAUCAGGAGAACGAGAAUCAGGACACACGUAUUGAGGAGUAUGAAGAAAAGUAUGAAACAAUUUUCAACAAUGUCUCAACUGAAAAGGAUAAUAUGGAAGAUAUUAUUUUGCAUUGUCUAUCGAAAUUCUCUGAAGACAAUAGAACGAAGGAGAUGAUAAGGAAGUUUAGAGACAUAUUUUCAACUACAGUUUUUUUCUAG